GUUCUACAAUACUUGAACGAUCUCAUAUGCCACCAACAACAGGCUCCUUGUUCGCAGUAUGCUGCCGCUGCCACGCCCGCUCUGCAUACGCGACGUUCCGGACGCCCACCCGCAUCGGCGCAGCACUGCGGUAUACCACAGCAGCGAAUUCUCACCACUCUCCUGCCGAUGAUCACGAUGCUACCCCCACCGUCAGCGGCGGCAAUGUUGGCGGGCCCACCUUGACGAAAAUCGGCAACCCCAUAAAAGAAUACGCUGGGAAAAGAGUAGGAGAUUCCGGCCACGAGCUCCUUGUCCUCGCCCCGCCACGGCCGAAAUACACAGCACCGAAGGUUACUAUCUCGCCGCUGGAUAAGCUGCAGCUGGCGAAUCUGUCGAAUGCGGUGCUCACGUACGAGAUGGAGGCAUUGCUCGAUGCCACCAAGAUGGAGAUAUCGCUGGCCAGACCUCUCGAGCCACGGGUGUCGCAACAGCGAUACGAUCAACUUUACAACCAGCUGUCCCAUGCGUUCAACAUGACGCAGUUGCAGGACUACUUUGAGAGUUCGCUGCCAGAGGAUACCACUACGCCACCGGAACACCGCCGGUACACAAGGAAGCCGGAUGUCAUCCAUGCGGUGAUGCGCGAUCGGUGGAAGAUGAUUGUCGCCGAAGAAAUCGCGGAACGCGAGGACGUGAUUGUGCUCAAGGACAUCAACAUCACCACCAGAGAUAUCUUCUUCCUCAUUGGCGAGGACGGGCGGAUCCUACGACAAUGGGCCGAAAGCUCUGCCGCCAGGAUCACGGUCGACGUUGCGAAGGGGCUGCUCUCUAUACAGGCCAGUUUGGCUAGUAUAGAGAAGAUCGAGAAAGCUCUUGCCGAAACGCUCAAGGCGGUUAUAACUGAGGAGUUUUCCAUCACCGCUACGAAUCGGAUUGCGCCUUUGAGGGAUGAGUUUAUUCCUACCAUAUCUCGCCUAACGAACACAUUCAUUGAGAAUAUCUCUCCAGAUGCUCUUCGCAUUUCUACAUUGGGCCCUUCACGACACAAUCUCGACGAUGCCCGGCGGCUCCUAAUCUCUUCAAUUGACUUACAGCUGAGGACGAACAGCUGUCUGCUGUACAACCCACCUAUCAUCAACUCGGAGAUGGUUGCUCUUUACCCCACGUCCGAGCUUGCCUCGUUACCAUGGACUGCGCGGAACCGAGAAUGGGGCCGUGUGAAACCGGUGGUGCAGAACAAGAAGAUCACUCGCGCAGCAGCCGACCGACUGACAUACAAAUCCGCCGACGUAAUCCGACGAGUGGGAAGCGGAGACCGCGGAUACAUCUCUACCGUCUGGGAGGCACUGAGCGAGAUAUCCGAGAAAGCGAACAGCACAUUGGACCAGCGGUUCAGCACAAAAUACGAAGCAACGAUUGGUCACCUCCUCUAUGCCAUCAACACCGAUGACUACAACAUCCGCACCACCAAGGAUUACGAGCUUGACAUCAUGCGCUUCCUUCAAUUAUUCCACGACAAGCCUCGCGUGUUCGGUCAUACCUUUGCUGGAAUCCCCGUCUUCUCUCAGGAUCCCAUCCGCCGCUCCGACUUUGAGAUUCCUGCGCCGCCGCUCGAGAACGCCACCUCGAAGGAAUACUUCCAGCUGCGCUUCCUCCCCUCUCCCUGGGCGCAUCCCUCCGUAUUCGAGCAAUACCCUCCGAUCCGCAUGACCUUCAGCAUCGACGAAUCCACGGGCUCCCCGCAGACGCCGCAGAUCUUCGCGCUUGGCUCAGAGUCGCACGCAGACCUGAUGCUCCCGCGCUUCAGCUGCGACCUGAAAUUCGCGCGCCGCCAGGAAGGCUACCUCGAGGUCCGCGAGGACGCGCCGGAACUCGGCGGCAUCGCCACGUCGGAAUGGUCCCGCUUCGUCGCCAACUCCCAGCUCAACGUCGCAGAGGACUACACGCUCCGCGCCUCCACCAAGCUAAACAUCCACAUCCCCCGAUGGAUGGUCUUACCCCCGUCCGGAGACACAUCUCCCGCCGACGCCUCCAACCCUCCUCGCCCGGAGGCUCCAGAGGCCCCCGAGUCGGAAAUGAUCUCGUACCAGUUCGUGGGUAUGGAGUUCCGCCGCGUGGUGGAGCUGGUGGGCAAGGGCUACAAGAUCUCGCGUGCGGUGGUCGAGGGCGGAGUCAGUGGUGGCCGCCGCACAGAGAUCACGAUGCAGUACUUGCCUGCGGCGGGCUCGAGCAGCAGCGGCGACGGCGCCGUCGACGGCUUCGUCGCCUUCACGAAUAAGGCCAUCAGCAUGGUCUCUAGCGUUGAUAACUUCUUGGAGAGGAAGAGGAUGGCGCGGUAAACGGAUGGGUUGUAGGAUAUCGAAAAUAAGAUGGGAACGGCUGCUGUGAGUGGGUGGGUGGUUGGUGGGAUGGUUGGGUGAAUGGAUGAUGGAUGAGUGGAUGGCGUAUGAUGGAUGAUGAUUAGUUCGUUUUGCUUUUCUGGUCUGGGAUUGGGAGACACGUUUGCGAUGACGAUGGUGUGGUUGAAUGGUUGAAUGUGGGAUGUGGGAUGGACGUAUGUACGAUAUGAUAUAAACUAAGUACCUACCAUAUGUACUUGGUGUUGCUAUCACUACCUAGUGUAAGUAAUUACCCACAAGAAAAAAUCUCCCGCGCGAAGCGAAAGCGGCGGGGAGUCAAUAGAAAUAGAGUUCAUCAC